AUGGCUUCGUUCUUUCAGCCACCAACAUCGGGCGAUCCCGUGAUCGCUGCAUGUGGGGGGGCAAAUACGACUGCAUCCUGGCGCCAGGUCUACUGCAACAGGGCGAUAUCACCUGACCAAAGGCUCAACACGCCGCUGCAGUCCUUUACGCUGAUAUUAGCGGUCACGUGCAUCUCCCUGCCACUCGUUAUUUCACUCACCUCGAGGGCAUAUUAUAUGUCGGAAAAGAAGCGGAAGUCAAAGGCGAAAGGGACAAGAAAACGGUUUCGGUCUCUAAGAACGGAUGAUUUACAAUCACCACCUUCGGCCAGGGAAAACGGGCCCACGAUAGCCGCUCAGUCGUUUCACUUGACAGACGGAAAAUCCGUACCACAAAACGUCAAGGAGGAUGCCGCUCCUGACAAGACUCUUUAUAUCUUCCCGCUUCCAUCUUUUGCGGACGACCCGACCCAGUAUCCUCCCAUUCUCACCGCGUCCGGCACCACGCAUCAACAACUUGCUGGACUACUCGAUGCCGGCCAGGUUUCGCAGACUUCACUGCCCGUGUGGGCGAACUUUGUCUCUAACCUGGUCCGCAAGGACAAAGUUCUCACCACCAUCGUCUUACAGGUCUCGGAAACCAACGGCAGCGAUGAAUCAGCAUCACUCAUUGCAUCCCUCCUCUGCGAGUUUUGCCGGUCUGAAGUCCCGGUGCUCCUCAAGUUCCCACACGACGACAGCGCCCUGACCAGGGACAUCGACUUUGGGCUCGUCGCCGGCGUCAUCGUCGAGAAUGCGUGCAUUCUGCGCACCGGCGAGAGGCGUGACUAUUUCCGCGCCCAGGGGCUGCGCGACAUCAUGGCGAGGGCCGCUGAGGAGCGCGCGCACCGCCCAGCUUUCUUCGUGGGCUUCCACGAUGUCUGGAGCAGUCAGCCGUCUGCGGCAGCGGCGUGCAGAGCCGAGAAGCUCGCGCGGCACUUUGACGCCGUGUUUGAGCAUGGUCCGGACUCGAGCUUGCAAAAGACUUGGCUGGAACAGAACGGCAAGGUCCGGGACUUUGGCAUCACCGACGGGGAAGGGCAAGUAUCAUGUCUCGAUUUUGAGGCGUUGGCCAAAGUUGUUCCCGACGUUGGCUUUCUCUUGAAACCCGUCCCGCACCCGGAGAAAUCGGAGUUGCCGGGACCUGAAUCGCACUCGAUGCGACCUUGGACGGGUUACGCGGCCUCUGCUCCUUCUCGUGGCAACUUCUGGCAGUUCAAUGCCGACGGCGAGCUGAUCUCACCAGUGGGGUGCGUUCCGUUGCUGAACGGCACAACCAAAGCGCAAUAUGAAGCCAUCACAGCCACACAAACCCGUCUCCGCGACUUGAACAUGCUCCAGCGAUUCGACGACGCCGAAGUCGGCAGGCUAGUUGAGCAGCUGAAGGCGUUCCACGAGAGAUCCGAGUUUUCGCAUCUCGUCAGCAGCCUCGUCGACGGUCUUGUGCAGCAGAGGGUUGUCGUCUUCAAGGGCCUGGGGACUGGCUUCACCUUGCCAGACAACAGGACAGAGAUCUGGGGCGUGUCGAGUGUCUCGUCUAGCGAGAAAGGCGCAGUGGCCGACCUCUUGAUCUCGCGGCGAUGUCCAACCGACAUUGGCACCGUGCUGCACACGUGGCUGGCGCACCACGGCGUUUCGCGCGUGCAACGGUAUGAGGAGGAGGCGCGGCUCGAGCAGACAUCAACGGACACCGCACAUGUGUCGCUCCCUCGGAGCAUGAGAGCCGCCAUUGACCGGGCCACCCCAAGCGAGGUUCUGCGCAUGCUGCAGCAGCUGCAGCUGGCACGGCCAGAACACUCAUUCAAGAAUGCUAUCGAGGCACACUGCCGAGGCGUUCUGAUCGACGACACAUCCGCGGCACAGUGGAACGACGCACACUGCCGCCAGUUCCCCGCCGGCACCGUCAGCAUGUGUGAUCUCCUGCAGCGGCGUCUAUCAGAGCUGGCACAUAUAGGAUGUCAGCAGCUCCCCUCUGUGGACAACCUCGUGCUCCUAAAUAGGACCAUGGAGCGGCUCGUCGACAGCUCUCUGUUCUCCGGCGACAGCGGCACGCUCAACAUCAUUGCCAACGCACUCCUCCAAGCCUACGACCCAUCAAGCCACCACAGACACCCGUCCGCCGACGCCAGCGCGGACCUGCUCGCGCUGCUCUUCUUCAGCGCGCUGCGCCGCGCCGCCCUCGAGGACGUCUACUGCGAGGCUACGGACCACUGCCCCAUGUUCGCGCAGCCGGACCAGGCAGCCGUGUUUGCCGAGCUGUGGGUCCUCGGCUCGCAGUGCGAGCUGUUCUUUGGCAUGUCGCCGCGCGCCCUGGGCCAGAUCCUCUACGACCGGCACCGCACUUUUCUGACGGAGAAUCCGCCUCGGGCCGCGGAGCGAGAGGGAAGCGGCGGCGGCGGGCAGCUAAUGGGCAUGUAUUCCAAGUCUGAGCCACAGGGUAAUGCAAUGGCGGGGGCAGGGGAUGGGGAUGAGACUGGUGGGAAAAUAGGCAAGUCCACGACGCUACAGCGCAAGCCCACGACACUACAGCGCAAGUCUACGACGCUACAGCGCAAGCCCACGACACUACAGCGCAAGCCCACGACACUACAGCGCAAGCCCACGACACUACAGCGGCUCUGGAAAAUUGCACAGGAACUGGGCGCCUUCUCAAUCUUCUGCGUCCCGGCCGCCAUUGACGUCGUGCUGCUGACGUUCCUCGGCCGCGGCCUGUUCAUGACGGCGUUCAUGGGCGGCGAGCACCUCGCUGCGGCGUGCCAGGCGCUGUUGGUCGCGCUGCUGCUCUCGGCGGGCGUGGCCGGGUGGGUCGGCAGCGUCGGGAAUUACUACCUCUGCAACUACGCGUAUAACAGCAUGGUGUACUUCCACGUCCAGCGGCUUUCGGGCGGCUUCGUCCUGAGCCUGCUGGUGGCUGCCGUGGGCGCCGUUGUGGUCGGGGCGAAGGUGUCUGUAGGCCCGGCGUUCACCUUCUUCGCCUACCUUGUUCUCAUCUCGACCUAUCUUUAUCUCUUAGGAAUCAUGGCGACGAUGCACCAGCGGGCCAGUCCCUUGACCUCUGGACGGACCGUCCUCUGGCGGACAAUACCGGUUUUGUGUCUCUCCCCGGCCGUCUCGGCGUGCAUCAACGGGCACGAUCUGGCCAUCUACCUGUCAGUGGGAUACGGGUUCCUCGUACUACUCAUCGUGCAGUACCGCAGCCUGUGCCACGAGUGGAUCAACUGGACGGACAACAUCCCCGUCUUCACCGCGGACGACCUAGUGACGUGGUACUCGGCGCGGCUCGAGCGGCUCGAGCGGCUCGAGCGGACGCAGCGGACGCAGCGGCGCCUGAGCGACAGCAGCAGCGCAGAGACGCUUCCUACCGCCUCCAAAGAGUCUCCGGCCGUGGUCAAGAAGCUGGCAGUCGACGCGUUUCGCGACAGUGUCGAGUCGUACCGCCACAGCCUCCGUAGCCGGCUCGGCGGCGGGAUUCUCGCGCCGGACCCACUGGUCCGGCGCGUAGAAAAGGGGCUCCCGUACGUCCACUGGCUGCUUCUCAAAGAGGCGCAUGGAAAAGAAGAGAACGUGAGCGCGCCGUUCUCGGUGCCGUGGUUCGCGCAAGUCAGCCAGGCCCUCAAGAAGCAGCAGCAGAUGACGCAGGGGCUGAAGGAGCACAGCAUCGGCCAGAACGUCGCCCUGUUCCUCGUUUGCCUCGUGGACCGCUGGGUCAGCAUGGCCAUGGCGGCCAGCAGCGCGCCGUCGCCCUCUGUGUUCGGCCACUUCACGUCGCGCUACGCCGUCUGUUUGGCCAUCCUGUAUUUCUGCGCAGGGGCUAUGGCCCUCGACGCCGUCCUGCAGACGUACUGGCCCGCCAGCUACGCGCUCUCGGAUGAGAAGCUCGCGAGCUGCGAGGACGCUGACGCUGUGGCGCGGAAGUGGGAGAGGUCACGCUGGCGCAAAUGUGUCACGGCAUUUCUCCAGCUCGGCCAGCGACUUAUAUUCGUCGGAGGGUGCUGCACGCUAGUUGUCUGGCUGCUGGUCGACGACCCUCGCAUGGUACAGCUGUACUACGCGUAUAUCGUAGGGUACUCGGCGGUGCUUUUCUUCCAGUUCAAUCGCUGCUUCACAUUGAACGUCAGACGCCAUGUCACGUCCAUCUUGGUCUCCGCCGCAAUAGGCUUUACCACGGGCUGUGUUCUACACCGACUAUUGGACGGCAGCCUGCUCUUCUUCGCCGACGUCAUAGCGCUGAACAUCGCCGCGAUAUUGGCGGCGCUGUUGACCUGUGUUUGGGUUUUGCGAAAGCCAGAGUCGAUCAGCUCAAGCGACUCUGAUCCCACCUCGGACAAGACAAAAUUCUGGGUGCAGCGCCGCUUGACAGAGUCCAGGGGCUGCACGGUGGCUUCCAGCAGGGGCUACACGGCGGCUUCCAGCAAAGCUGAGUGGCAGGCGAUUCCGGGCGUGUUGGUCUCGUUUCAAGACUCCAGUCCUGUCGCGAGCAAAACCACAGAGCUUCUUGAAUCGGCUAAAGAUCGAUCCGCAAACCACGCGGGAUGUGUUCGGUGGGCUGAUGACGUCCUGAAAAGCGCCGUGGAGCUGUGGACGGAGGGCAGAAUCCGGGCCACGGUUUGCUCCGCCUCAUCGUUCUCCGACGCGGACUUGGAGGGUUUUGUCUCCUUCAGCAAAUAUGACGGCGGCACUUUACACAUCAACUUCGGCCUUUUUGGGGAGGACGAAUUAGCCGCAGCCUCAUGGCAUACGACAGGUGCCGAGAUGGUUACUGAGAUCAUCUUGUUUCAUACUUCGCGGGCAGUGCUCGGCUUGAGCGAGGCACAGGCAACGCAAGCCAUGUCCUUCCCGUAUGCGGGAGAUUUUCUUCCUAGAAGCGUUCAACUCGAGAUUGCCACGGCAGACAUUAUCUUGCAACAUCUCUGCUUCGGGAUCAACGUUGACCUGGAGUGGGAUCACUUGUCGUCCGCCACCCGGGAGGUCAUCCUCGGGCGUGUCUUGGAUGCGCCGGUCGCGGCAGCAACACAGAUGCUUGGCUGGGCAAAAUCUACAAAGGUCGAUGUCCAAGCUAGCGACUUCAAUAUUCAUCUGCGUCGAAGAAUUCACGCAGAGGCCGGAGAGAGGCUGAAACUUUCGAAUGCAGACACACUAGGUGUUUCACAACAGGUUAGAAUGCCCGAAGAAUCACAUCACGGUCUUGCAGGACCAUCCACAAAACGCACGAAAGCAUUCCGGCGGUUCGGGGGCCUGCUACUCCGCUUCCCCGUCAACUUCGCAAAGUGGGUCGGAAUCAUCUCUGGGGCCGGCUCAAACAUCGAGCGGGAGCUGUGGUACCUGCUCAGCGACUACCCCAACAUGCGAGGCGCCGCCAUGUGCCUGCUGAUGCUCGCGUGGAAGGCGUGCUGGCGAGUAAAGAACGCGUGGAUUUACGUCAUGCUGAUAUACCACCACAAAGCACUGGUUCACAUCUCUCGGCUCGCCACGAGAGGCACCUCGCGAACGCUCUACAAAGAUAGCAUCGCCGCCGAGAUGCGCCGCAAGACGCUUACCGGGUUUGCCUCUCGGAACGACCAGAACACGUUGAUGCUGGACAUAUUCGAAGGCCGUCUUGCACGCCCAGCUGCGGACCAAGCUCCGCUCGCCACAGCCGUCUACGAUGGCCAGUUUCGUCUUGUCCAGCGCACCGACGAGGGGAAAAAGAGCAGGUCUGUCGCGACUUACAUGUAUGCCAACAACUCCAAGUCGAGGCUUCCCAUCACGAAGCAUAUCGCGGACGGUAAUGUCACCAAGCAUUGCCAUUACGAUAAGAGAGGCCGCGUCUCGCACGGGACGUUGGCAGUGGAAGGGACGGAGUAUUCGUUCCGCUACUUUUACAAAUCCACACCCAAAGGCAGUCACGAAGUCCUCAAGGCCCAGUUCAGCCUCGCGCAAUCCCCGGCAUCCGGUAGUCUAGUCGUCUGCUGGGGCACGCCGCUACGCGAAGACGUGGCGGACGAGUGCAACUGGGUCCCUUCCGACCGCGUGUGCCGAGUGGUGAGAGAAGUUGGGGAGAAGACGUACACGACGACCAGCAGCUACCAGCACCGGCGAGACCCAGUGAUGGCGACAGUAUUGCACGAGGGAGAGAUAGCUACCGCCAUGCCAGAACCACCGUGUCUAUUUGGGCACGAGACGCUGCUACAGCAGCGGCCGACGGAUGUGUCCUUUGAGAACGACGACCUUCUCAUCUAUCACAGCCUGAGCCACGUGAAGCGGAUGGCGACGCCGUCGACGCAGAAGCAGACAUGGGCCUUUUGCUUAAACCCCGCAUCGUGGCAGCAUUGGCGCAGAAAGGUCGUCUACCGCCGCGUGCCGACGUGGUGGCUGAGAACCGAGCUCUGGAACCACUGGCGCAAGAGCGGCAGCCUCGACGCCGUGGCGGCGUGCUGGAUGGACGAGCUGAUCCUGCGCCAGGAGCCACUCCUCCGCAGGUACUGGGCGGCCCGGGGGCUCGGGCAGCUGUCCGCAGCCAAAGCAGCACUCGACAUGCAAGCGGAGCAGAUGGUGGCAGCCAUCGAGAUCGAGACAGACGUGUCCGAGGUGUGCCUGCUGCCGGUCAAGUGCUCGGACCUCUACACGAUGGGCCUGGGGAGGGACGCGAACCAGCUGACGACGCGGCCCGGCGACUGCUUCGGCGACACGGGCGACCGCAUCUCGGUCAUCUUCAACGACAUUGGCUGCUGGCCCGACACUCCGGGCGGCGUGUCCAACUGCCGGCGCGACCUGGUCAACGGCCACAGCACCAUCCGGAACCACGUGCUGGCCGAGUCGGCCAACGAGCACGGCAUCCCGCGCUUCCAGGUCGAGAAGAACGUGCAGUCGCUCAAGCUGCUGCCGCUGUGGGGGCUCGACGGCCGCACGCCCAGCCACGGCGUCAUCGACAACCUCGUCGAGAGCGAGGUUGACGCCAGAAUCGCCAGCACUCACGCCCGCCGCGACAUCGUCGGCACCUUUGUGCCGCUGCUCCGGCAGUUUGUCAAGGGCGCCCGGUCGCGGCACAUGUCGCGCGAGGGCAUGGUGGGAUGCAGCAACGCGCUGCUCGCCAUGUUUGCGUAUUUCGAGCACAAGGACUACAACGCGACGUGGAACUCGCGCGAGGUCGCGGCGGCGUGGGCUGGGGCGUGGCUGACCGAGCACGACGAUGCCGAGUCGGACAUGCGCAACCCGGCCGGGUACCUCGAGCUGGAGCGGCCGUCGACGGCGGACUUGCGCAGCACGCUGGCCAUCUACUCGUCGUACUUCUUCAUCUUCUCGGUGCAGACGCCGGCCGCCUGCCCGCGCGUGUUCCAGAGCACGCACCACGGCAUCAGCAGCCUGUUCGGCAUGCUGCUCAAGUACCGCCGCGGCGCCUCGUUCGGCAUCUGGGACCACGCCAUCCUGUGGCGCGAGUGCUGCCUCAACAUCAGCCCCGCCCAGUCCGCCCUCCCGCUGCCCGUGCAGUCCAUGCUGCUCGCCGGCAUCGGCCUGGCCAUGCGCCUCGCCUACUUCCACGCCGACGUGGUGCUGCCGUGCACGCCCGUCUUCAACCCGAUCUGGGAAGCCGAGCUCGGCACCGACAGCGGCCGGCUCGCGCACCGCAAGGCCUUCGGCCGCAAGAUCGACGCCAUCGUCAACGGCGUCAGCAACAUGGACGCGUUCCAGCCGGCCACCGACACCGACGCCGACGCCCUGACCGAAACAAGGCCCACCGUGGUCAUGCUGUCCAACGUGCAGUUCAUCAAGGACAUCCGCACGGCCAUCCUCGCCGCCGACAUCAUCGUCAACACGCUCCAGCUCACCACCUACCGGCUCCUCAUCUACGGCGCGCGCGACCGCGAGCCCGCCUACGACGCCGCCAUGGCCCGCCUGAUCUCGUCCUGCAACCUCACACAGAACGUCGAGCUGGCCGGCUACGGCGACGCGCGGGUCGCGCUGCGCGGCGCGUCGCUCUUCGUCAACUCGUCUCUCUCCGAAGGCCUGCCGCUCGCUAUCGCCGAAGCCGCGCUCGCGGGCGUCCCGAUCGUCGCCACGGCCGUCGGCGCCACGGCGCUGGUGCUGACGGACCCGGACGACGGCGCUACGCGCUACGGUGACAUCGUGCCGCCCAACGACGCGGCGGCGCUCGCGCGCGCGCAGCUCGCCCUGCUCGCCAUGGCCGGGCCGCGCUGGGCGCGCUUCGCUGACUCAGAGGUCCACCUGCCCGACGUGCUGACUGCGCACGACGCCACUUGGCUGCAGGCGCGCGUGCGCGAUGCGGCGCCCGCCCGCAGGCGCCUGGGACUCCGCGGCCGCGAGGUCGUGCUCCGUGGGUUUCACGGAAAGCGGUACCUCCGCGAGCACGAGCAGAUGUACUGGGUCCAGUGGCACCUCGCGAGGAUGAGGGGGUCUUGGAGCGAGCAAGGUUAGGGUAGAUAAAAGGACCUGAUUUCCAAUACCGGUUGUCAACGCACUUGGAAUGGGAAAACGGGAGUCGAGUAUCUGAUAGACAAAAGUGUUGUGGCGGUUGCGGCCAUAUAGCUACCAUCAGUAGAGUGCUAGGCAACAACAACCGGUAUCUG